CAUAAAUCAAAUCGAACAUCCGAAUCUGAAUUUGUGCCGAAAACCCUAAGAACCAGCGUUUAGACUCCAGCAUUUUGUACGUGUUGAAAUCGAAAACCCAGAUAUAUCGUCAAGAAAUCAGAGGACAGAUACAGUUACAAGGCAAAAGCCGAUGUUACGGGCGAGAUCCUCAAUCUGUAACAGGUUUGAAUCUUGUAAACUCUCUUUGUUAUGCUGAAAGAAAAUCAGCUAACAGUAAAACCUCAACAAAACCCCAGUAGAAACAAUGACACCCCCUAUAAUCAGAGCUCUAUUCUCACUCUCCCUCAAGAAAUCUUCCCAUUUCCAAAAGUCCUUUUCCUGUUACUCCAUCUCUGUUCUUUUCUUUUCAUCUUCUACAACCACCCAGGCACCGAAACCCUCCCUUUAUGUAGCUGAUCAUUUUAUUAAAAAACACAACUUUUCCCCUGAACUUGCCUUGAAAGUUGCAUCUUCCUUAAUCUAUCUGAGGGAUCCUGGUAAGUGUGAUAGUAUAAUUUCAUUUCUUAAAGAAAGCGGUUUCUCAAAAUCCCAUAUUGAAGAAGCGGUCAAAAGAAGGCCUAGCCUUCUAUCUUCUAGUCUUGAGAAAUCCAUUAAACCCAAAUUCAAGAUAUUCCGGGACAUAGGAUUUUCGAGCAAUGAUGUUGCUGAUAUUGUAUCUGGUGAUCCAUGGGUUUUGUCUAGAAGCGUAGAUGAUGGAAUUGCACCUUCAAUUUCAGUUUUAAAGAGUGUUGUAGGAUCGAAUGCCAGUGUUGUUAAGUUACUAAAAACUUCAGCUUGGUUUUUGAAAUCUGAUCUGCAAAAGACUAUGAUGCCUAAUAUAGAGUUCAUGAGAAGUUGCGGGAUUAGUUCAUCGCAAAUUGUUAGAUAUGUGUUUAGCUUUCCUAGAUUUUUCUUGCAUAAACCCGAGAGCAUUGAGCAGUUUGUUCAAAGGGCUGACGACAUGGGAUUUAAUAGAAACUCAACUAUGUUUCUUGCUGCUAUUAGGAUGUUGAGUUCAAUGAGUGAAGAGAAUUGGGAACUCAAGCUGAAGCUUUUUAGGAGUUUGGGGUUUUCUGAAGAGGAUAUCAUGUCCACUUUUAGGAGGACACCUCAGGUGUUCGCUGUAUCAGAAAGGAAGAUUAAGGAGGUCACAGAGUUUUUGCUUAGCAGAAAGAAUAUAGAUAUUUCUUUUAUAAUAAACCACCCGACGGUGCUUUUUUUUAGCAUUGAGCAUAGGUUGAAGCCUCGGCUACCGGUCUUUGAGAUUCUAGAAAGAAAGAAUUUGCUAAGCCGGAAAGUUCGUUUGAACACACUUUUUAUGAUGUCUGAAAAGCGGUUCAGAGAGAAAUAUGUUCGUCCUUAUUUAAGAGAGCUCGAGAAAGUAGCCAUGGCUAUAGCGGGCAUAUAAUUGUUGAUCAAUAUUACAUAUUCAAAUGAAUUCAUAGGCAGAACCCUUAUUUGCUGAUGCUGAAAUAUUCUUAACAAGGAAAUUGCAGGA